CCUAAUUUUUUCUUUUUUUUCUUCCUUUUUUUUUUUUUUUGUUCGUGUGCGUGUGUGUGUGUGGAAGCGCUGGGCUCCUGCGAUCAGUGUCUGAAUGAAACUACGUAAAUGCAUAUGUCUGUACGUUGCACUGGAGGGAAAAACGGAGCACUUCUGCGAGAGCUUGGAUUCAAAUGUGUGUUUCAUCUGGUCUUCAAGAUUUGUGGUCUCUUUGGGGUUGUUCGCCUUCCUGGGCUCCGAGGCGGGAUUUUCUGAGCUUUGACAUAUCUUUGGAGAUGCCUGUUAAACAGGAGUCUGGGAAAAAACAUUUGAAAUUAUAGUGAUUUUUUUUUGUCCCUUUCCCGUGACUUGAAGCAUCAGAGCGGCCAGAACCUAACGUUUCUGAAGACUUGUGAUGUUUGGGUUUUGUUGUUGCUAUUUUUUUUUUUAGAGGAAACUUGACAGAGGAACAUAUUUAUAGUCCAACGUUUUAAUCCCUAUUUAUACCGUGCAUCUCAAACCGCGGAGGAAACACUGAGAAGACGAAAGUACCUCCAAGACCCUGAGAACUCCCCUGCAUCACCAUGAAUGAAACCGUGCCCGAUACAAUAACUGGAUUAUAAAUUUUCGUGUUAUUAAUUUUAUUAUCAUUGGCUGCUUUACUUUUUUGGGUUCAUCCUGCUCCUCUUCUUCCUCUCUCCCUUCCUCUUGCUGCUGCCUCGUGGAAAUUAUGGCUCAUCCGGGGAGAAGAGGCUACGAUAACCGGGAGAUAGUGCUGAAGUACAUCCAUUACAAACUCUCGCAGAGGGGAUACGACUGGGUGGCCAGUGGCGACCGGGCGCCAGCGUCUCCGGGGCUCUCUCCUCCUGCUGCUGCUGCUCUUGCUGCUGCUGGGACUUCCUCUGAUCACACUGGGCUGGUGUCUCCGCACCCCGAGCCCCCCGGCUCGGCUGCUGCUAGUAAUGCGGCUCCGGGCGACGGGCUGCGCCCCGCGCCGCCGGUGGGCCACCUCCUCCGGCGCCAAGCCGGCGGAGAGUUCCACCCCGAUGCAGUUACGCCGGGCGACUCCUCGCAGGGCAGACCUGGCUUCGGCCUUGGCUGCUGUAAACACAAGCUGCGUUACAGAUCAGAGGGCGCCCGGUUGAGCAGCGGCAUCAGCGUGGCCGGGCCGACACAGGCGCUCGUUGUUCGGCAGCGGAGGGCAACGCGCCGCGCUCGUCUCGACGCCCUCCGGCGCUGCCAGAAGCAGAGCCUGGGAAUGACUGUGUUAAAGGGUGAGCUGACAUUUAGCUCUCGGCUUUCUCGCCUAGGAGUCGUUACUAUCCAACAGGAAUUAAUCAACGUGUGA